GAGCCGCAGUGCCAGCCCCCAGAUGCCCUAAUUCUUCUGCCGCUGGCUCAGAGCUGCGCUGCCCUCGGAGGUGGCGCGGGGCUUCGUGGACGCUCCUCGCCCCUCCUCGGCCGGCUCGCUUGCACCGCUGCGCCCCCGAUCCGCCUCCCCUCCCCAACCUGCGGAGAGAUGUCUCCUGAAUGCAAGAUGAAGUGAAGGGGGCUGAGCGGCGGCGGUGACAGCAGCGGCGGCGGCGGCGGCGGCGGAGGGGACGGCUCGGCUCUGCACUGCAGCGGAGCACGAGGAGACGCGGAGAAGCCUCCGAACCGGCAGCCGGUGCCGGCAGCCGGGAGCCGAGGCGAGCCGAGCUGCGCCAUGCUCAACAACCUGACGGACUGCGAGGACGGCGAGGGGGGGGCGAGCCCAGGUGAUGGAAACCCCAAAGAAAGCAGCCCGUUCAUCAACAGCACCGACCUGGAGAAGGGGAAGGAAUACGAUGGGAAGAACAUGGCGCUGUUUGAGGAGGAGAUGGACACCAGCCCCAUGGUCUCCUCCCUGCUCAGCGGCCUGGCCAACUACACAAACCUGCCCCAGGGCAGCCGGGAGCACGAAGAGGCGGAGAACAACGAGGGGGCCAAGAAGAAGCCCGUCAAGGCCACGCGGAUGGGCACCUUCAUGGGCGUCUACCUGCCCUGCUUGCAGAACAUCUUCGGCGUGAUCCUCUUCCUCCGCCUCACCUGGGUGGUGGGCAUCUCGGGCAUCAUGGAGUCCCUCUGCAUGGUUAUACUCUGCUGCUCCUGCACCAUGCUGACGGCCAUCUCCAUGAGCGCCAUCGCCACCAACGGAGUGGUGCCAGCCGGUGGCUCCUACUACAUGAUCUCGCGUUCGCUGGGCCCGGAGUUCGGGGGAGCGGUGGGGCUCUGCUUUUACCUGGGCACCACCUUUGCAGGUGCCAUGUACAUCCUGGGCACCAUAGAGAUUCUGCUGGCCUACAUCUUCCCCCCGAUGGCCAUCUUCAAGUCCGAGGAUGCCAGUGGGGAAGCGGCCGCCCUGCUGAACAACAUGAGGGUCUACGGGACGUGUGUCCUCACCUGCAUGGCCACCGUGGUCUUCGUGGGCGUCAAGUACGUGAACAAGUUUGCCCUGGUCUUCCUGGGCUGCGUCAUCCUUUCCAUCCUGGCCAUCUACGCGGGGGUCAUCAAGUCUGCCAUCGACCCCCCCUCCUUUCCGAUUUGCCUCUUGGGCAACCGGACUCUGUCCCGCCACGGCUUUGACGUGUGUGCCAAGGUGGUCCAGGUGGGCAACGAGACGAUGGGCUCCGAACUGUGGGCGCUCUUCUGCUCCUCCCGCUUGCUGAAUGCCACCUGCGACGAGUAUUUUAGCCAGAACAACGUCACGGAGAUUGAGGGCAUCCCUGGAGCAGCUUCCAGUCUCAUCCAAGAAAACCUCUGGAGCACCUACUUGCCGAAGGGGGUGGUUAUCGAGCGGGCGGGGAUGGCCUCCGUGCCCACCUCCGAGGGGCUGCUGGACCUGGAGCAGCCCUACGUCUUCAGCGACAUGACUUCCUAUUUUACCCUCCUGGUCGGCAUCUACUUCCCUUCCGUCACCGGGAUCAUGGCUGGCUCCAACCGGUCUGGGGAUCUCCGGGAUGCUCAAAAGUCGAUCCCUACGGGCACCAUCCUCGCCAUCGCCACCACUUCGGCCGUCUACAUCAGCUCUGUGAUUCUAUUUGGCGCCUGCAUUGAGGGCGUGGUGCUCCGGGACAAGUUCGGCGAGGCCGUCAGUGGGAACCUGGUGGUGGGCACGCUGGCCUGGCCCUCCCCCUGGGUGAUCGUCUUUGGCUCCUUCUUCUCCACCUGCGGAGCCGGGCUGCAGAGCCUCACGGGGGCCCCUCGCCUGCUGCAAGCCAUCUCGCGGGACGGCAUCGUGCCCUUCCUCCGGGUCUUCGGCCACGGCAAGGCGAGUGGAGAGCCCACCUGGGCCCUCCUGCUUACAGCCUGCAUCUGCGAGAUCGGGAUCCUGAUUGCCUCCCUGGACGAGGUGGCCCCCAUCCUCUCCAUGUUCUUCCUGAUGUGCUACAUGUUUGUCAACCUGGCCUGUGCAGUUCAGACGCUGCUGAGGACCCCCAACUGGCGCCCACGCUUUCGCUACUACCACUGGACCCUCUCCUUCCUGGGCAUGAGCCUCUGCCUGGCACUGAUGUUCAUCUGCUCCUGGUACUACGCCCUGGUGGCCAUGCUGAUCGCGGGACUCAUCUACAAGUACAUUGAGUACCGAGGGGCAGAGAAGGAGUGGGGGGAUGGCAUCCGGGGCCUCUCGCUCAGCGCAGCUCGUUACGCCCUGCUGCAGUUGGAGGAGGGGCCGCCCCACACCAAGAACUGGAGGCCGCAGCUGCUGGUGCUCGUCCGGGUGGAUCAGGACCAGAACGUCGCUCACCCACAGCUGCUCUCCCUCACCAACCAGCUGAAGGCCGGCAAGGGGCUGACCAUUGUGGGCUCCGUGCUGGAGGGCACCUUCCUGGACAACCACCUGCAGGUCCAGCGUGCCGAGGAGUCGAUCCAUCGGCUGAUGGAGGCCGAGAAGGUCAAGGGCUUUUGCCAGGUGGUGACCUCUUGCAACGUCCGGGACGGCAUGUCGCACCUCAUCCAGUCCAGUGGCCUGGGGGGCCUGCAGCACAACACGGUGCUGGUCGGCUGGCCACGCAGCUGGCGCAGCAAGGAGGAUCACCAGACCUGGAGGAACUUCAUUGAGUUGGUGCGAGAGACCACGGCUGGCCACAUGGCCUUGCUGGUGGCCAAAAACGUGGCUAUGUUCCCGGCCAACACGGAGCGCUUCUCGGAGGGCCACAUCGACGUCUGGUGGAUCGUGCAUGACGGGGGGAUGCUGAUGCUCCUGCCCUUCCUCCUGCGCCAGCACAAGGUCUGGCGCAAGUGCAAGAUGCGAAUCUUCACGGUGGCCCAGAUGGACGACAACAGCAUACAGAUGAAGAAGGACUUGACCACCUUCCUGUACCACUUGCGCAUCACGGCCGAGGUGGAAGUGGUGGAGAUGCACGAGAGCGACAUCUCGGCCUACACCUACGAGAAGACCCUGGUGAUGGAGCAGAGGUCGCUGAUCCUCAAGCAGAUGCACCUGACCAAGACAGAGCGGGAGCGGGAGAUCCAGAGCAUCACGGACGAAUCUCGGGGCUCCAUCCGGCGCAAGAACCCCCCCAACACCCACCUGCGCCUCCCGGACGAGCAGGUGGGCGACAGCGAGGAGAAGUCAGAAGAAGAGGUGCAGCUGAUCCAUGACAAGAAUGCCACCAGCUUCUCCGGCAUCUCACAGUCCCCGGGGGAGGAGGCCGAGGCCGAGGCCGAAGCUGAGGCCGCCCCCGAGAAGGUGCACCUCACCUGGACAAAGGAGAAGGAGGCCGAGAAGAUGAAGGCCAAGAGCCCCGUCAGCUCAGAGAGCAUCAAGGACUUCUUCAACAUGAAGCCGGAGUGGGAAAAUCUGAACCAGUCCAACGUCCGGCGGAUGCACACGGCCGUCCGGCUGAACGAGGCCAUCGUACGGAAGUCACAGGAGGCAAAGCUGGUGCUGCUCAACAUGCCGGGGCCCCCCCGGAACCGCAAGGGGGAUGAGAACUAUAUGGAGUUCCUGGAGGUGUUGACGGAGCAUCUGGACAGGGUGCUGUUGGUCCGUGGGGGUGGCCAGGAGGUCAUCACCAUCUACUCUUGAGUAGCCGGCCGAGGCCCUUCCUUGCCCAAAGGUUUGUGCCCCGAGAGCCUUGCCCCCCCCUUUGCACCCACCGCACCCAGCUGUGGACAGCCCCACUCGGCCCGCGUCUCGGGGUGGGAGGACGGAGCCCCACCCGCAGCUCAGCGGAACCCCCAGAUCUGCCAAAGGGGGAGUGGACGGGUGGGUGGGCAGAGGCUCAAGCCCCCCCCCAGCCUGCUUUCUGCUGCUGCUCCUCUGCCCAGCUCCCAGGUGGGGAGAGGGUGCCAGCCGAGGCCACCAGCAUGCGUCCCUUGCCAAGGCUGGCCUCUCCCCCCCACCCCGCCCCCCCACCUCCCGUGCCAGGUCCCUCUGCAGGGAAAGCGCCCCACUCAGGGCCCUCCCCGUUUCUUUGGACUCAAUGUAUCGGGGGCUCUUUGGGGCAAGGGGAUCCUGGGGGAGGAGCCGACAGUCACCCUCCCCAUGCAAGCUAAGAGUGGGGGGGCAGAGUUCUCCCCAGCUGGGUCAGGGGCCCUUGGCACCCACUGGGCCAGCUGACACUUUGUUCAGUUGACCAGCCCCUCCCCCAGCCUGACCCCCAACUCCACCAGACCCCCUCAUGGAGGCUGGGGAGGGAAAAAGGGCUCCCCCCAGUUUUGCAACCCCCCCAACCCUUCCGGUUUGUACAUGUCUUUUGGCCCAGUCUCUCUCUCUCUCUCUCUCUCUCUCUCACACACACACACACACACACACACACACAUGCAAAUGUGUGUGUGUGUGUAAGGGGAUCUCUGCCACUCCUCAACCCGGUUGCACUUUAGGGUCUUCCAGCCAGGGACUCCCUUCAAGCCAGGAUCAAAAUGAACCCUGGACAGCUGCAGGGCUGGGGUUGAGAGAGCCCCCCCCCCCCGCAAAAGCUCUGCACUACCCCAGAACCCCCCCCAGGGAUAACGAAAGGGAGCACGGCUGCCCCCUCAGAUGACAAGUUCUCCUCCCCCUCCCCGUAGGAAGGGGUGGGCUCUGCUUCUGUCCCCCCCCCAAUUUCUGGUGCCUCACCUUAUACCAAAACACGUGCAUUGGACCCCUGGGGGCAGCCCCCUCCCCCAGAAGAGGAAAACUCUGGAGCUUUUAACCAAUGUGAAUAGUUCUCCAAAAGCAGAACGCUGCCCCCCUUCCGGGGAGGCUGUAAAUAUAUAGAUAUAUAUAUUCUGUACAUAGCACAGGACCAGUAUUUUUAAAGUCGUCCUAUUUAGGUGAGAAGAACCGAGAGGAAGCUGGAGGGGGGGGCUGGGGAGGCUCCAGGGCUCUCUAGCAUCUUCAUGGGCUGGGCGGGGGGCUCCCCCCGGGUGGGUCUGGGGCCAGAGCAAAUCCCCUGCUCCGCCAUGGGGGAGACGUCCAGAAACGUCCUCUGGAUGCUGCAGUCAAAGGGCAGGGUCUCUCCCUGGCACGCAGACACGAUGCUUCUUCUCAGGGCAAAUGUGGCCCCCUCCCCAUCUUGCAGAGCUGACCUUUCACCUUGGUCCAGCCUCCACUGGCUUGGGCCACCCUCCUCCCCAGCGAUUAGCAGCCUCACAGCUGAGGGUGAAUGGGGGGGGGGGAGUUUUGGACAGUGCUUCAUCUAUGGAGAGAUGCUCUCUCUCUCACACACACACACACAUGCGUACGCUGCCCUCCGAGACCAGGGGCCCCCCAUUGAGACCCCUGGCCAGCACUUUCCAAGGGACCCACCACUGGCACCCCCCAUGGAAGGAAGACGGGCCUCUCUCGCUCGCUGGCAGACGCUCAGCCUACCUCUGGCAGUCCUGGGGCCGGGGAAGGGACCAGGUUGUCUCCUGGCCGUUGUUGCCCCUCUGUUCCCCCCACCCCAGUGUCCUCCCAGCCUCCCGUUCCAGAGAGGCCCAAAGCAGAGCGUUGCAUGCUAGUUUACACAUGCUAGUUUACACUCCCCCCCCCACUCCCGACCCUGCAUGUUUGGCCCCGGCGCCACGUCCUGCUGCCCUGGGGCAUGUCCUUCAGCCGGCCCACCUGGGCAUCCAGGGCCCCCUGACCAAAGCCGGAGGAGGGACUGCAGCCCUGCAGGGAAGACCUCAAGGCCACCUCGGUGCUCUGGGAAAGCUGGCAGGGGCGGCCUCGGACACCCCCUCCCCGGAUGGAUCCGGACCGCUGCCCACUGUACUGUUGCUGCACCCUUGGGCUUCCGAGCUCCCCCCCCCAUCUCCGGAGGGCUGGUGAGGGCUACCCCACCUGGCUGGAGAGCGCGCUCACGAGGCGAGGAAUGAGCGAGGCGGCCCCACGGCUGGGUCAGCUACACACUCUUCUUUCCGUGCUCACGUGCAAUAUCUUUGUUAUGAAUGUGACACCAGUCAGUUCAUGAAGUACCUUUAUAAUCAGUCACCGUAGCUACUGUGUUUUCUGUCCACCCGAGUGACUUUGAUUCCAGUGCGAUCCUGCAAUAGCUGUUGUGAGCUUUUUCAUAGGCCUUGUGCUCUAGGGAACACUUGUGCAGCGCAACGCCGCCGACCCAUUUGCUCUUUGUAAAUAACCUGUCGUCAACCCAAAGGAAAGUGCGUUGGGCUUGCGUUUCCUUUCCGCAAGUGUGUUUGCGUGGCCGGUGCUGUUAGGUAUCCAUGGGGCCACGGCCCCUCUUUGCUUGUGUUGCGGCUUAUACCGUAUAUUUUGUUUUCUAGACUUCUGUCUGCACAAAAUGCAAUAAAAGGAUUUUAUUACACCCGUCA